ACUGACUGACUGCUGUGAAGAAGUAGUUGCGCAUCACUGACGGAUUCCAGCGCCGCGGAAACCGCCGAAAGUCACGUCUUUCUUCUCACUGAGCUAAAUGGCUCGGAUUUACGACAGAUACGACUUAUGCAGAUGAGUGAUUCGAUUCUAUAAGCGUUUGGGAAAUGCAAACGAUUGUCCGGCUAUAAAUUCAGACGCCUGACGCUCGAGCAGCCAUGCAUGUGUGUAGCUUCGUGGGCUUUUUGCUCCUCCUCCUUUUCAUCAGCAGGAUCAUGGAUGGCUCUGUUGCGAACACUGAGGAGAUCUUGCCCCCCACCAUUCAGAAACUGAUGAAGGGAUACAACAAGUACCUUAGGCCAUUCUUCGGCAAUGGCCCUGUUACUGUGGGAAUGAGUCUGGAUAUCGCCAGCAUAGACACAAUAUCAGAAAUCAACAUGGAUUACACUGCUACCAUCUUCCUCCGUCAGCGCUGGACUGACGAACGCUUGUGUUUCGAUGGCAAUAAGAGCUUGAGUCUGGAUGGGAGGCUGGUUGAGCUCCUCUGGGUCCCCGAUACGUUCAUUGUGGAUUCCAAGAAAUCCUUCCUGCACGACAUCACUGUCGAAAACAGACUGAUCCGGAUAUUCCCCAAUGGGACCGUCCUGUAUGCCCUCAGAAUUACCACCACAGUGGCCUGCAGUAUGGACCUCACCAAAUAUCCCAUGGACAGACAGACCUGCAUGCUGCAACUUGAAAGCUGGGGAUAUAACGUGAAAGAUGUUGUUUUCUAUUGGACACGGGGAAACCAAUCGGUUAGCGGCCUGGAUCAUUUACAGCUGGCACAGUACACCCUUGAGGAUCAUUACACCUCUGAAUCUGAAGCUGUUUAUGAGACUGGUAACUACCCGAAGUUGAUCUUCCACUUCAAACUCAAGCGAAGCAUCCUGUAUUUUAUUCUGGAGACGUACGUUCCCUCCAGUGCUCUGGUGGUCUUGUCCUGGGUCUCCUUCUGGAUCAGUCAGUCCUCAGUACCUGCUCGCAUCUGCAUAGGAGUGACGACAGUUUUGACUAUGACCACCCUGAUGAUGGGCGCCCGCACCUCCUUACCCAAUGCCAACUGCUUCAUCAAAGCUAUUGAUGUGUAUCUGGGCAUUUGCUUCAGCUUCAUCUUUGGUGCACUGAUUGAAUACGCAGUCGCCCAUUUCUGCACGUUACACCAGCCCAACGCUGCCAACGCAUAUAUGUAUGGCCAGGAAAUGCAGGAGCGCGAGGAUGAAAUGAACGGCAUCGUCACCUCCUUCGGCAGCCACGCGUUGCGGGCCCGCAAACGGGAGGAGAUGCUGUCCCGCAUGGGCAGCGUCAACAACCCAACCCCCAGUGAAAGUAAGGAGGACGUCAGCUCCUCGCAGCCACAGACACGCUGCACCAAAUGCAUGUCGAGGGCACGUCGAAUCAUACGCUGUCUGUACUGCUGCAAGGUGGAAAACCCACACUACAUCGACAACUACUCCCGCCUGACCUUCCCUCUGUCCUUCGUCAUCAUCAACCUCCUCUACUGGACCUACUACUUGUACUUUUAAACCUCCUGCUUUCUGUGAGUGUGUGUUUGAGGCGUUUACAGUCAUGUGUGGGUGUGUGUUUGUGUCACAGUUUUCCUAAGGGUUUACGCUCUUACAUGUCAGCAUGCAUUUCAGUUCAGCUCGUAUGACUGACUGUGUUCAUGUCAUCCAAAUGUGCGUCAUUUUUAUUGUGGUGCGAGGAGGAUCUGAGUGGGAUUUGGACCAUCUCUGCAUUUGGAUGAGGAUUCUACAUUACUGUGUCAGGAAUAUGUGGCCUUCGUUUUAUGAUGGAGCUUCAGAUUUACUGAAGUUCGCAAUAAAAUCGGCCUAGUUGUAAAGUACAGUAUGAUUUUAUGGGUAAUACUUUAUGAUAAGGUAACAGUUGAAUUUUUAUGAACUAAAGUUAAAAAUAUCAACAAAUCUGUAACAAAUUUAUUGCUAAUUGUUAGCUAAAGGGACAGUUCACCAGAAAAUUAACAUUGUUAACCCUUAAUAGUUUCUUAACUCUUAUGUAGUGUUGGAGGUGUUUUCAUCCACUCUGGGGUGAUUUUGAGUCUUAAUUUGGCCAUAACUUUUUUGUGUUUCAGCUAGCAAAAUGUUUUUGGUGACUAAUCUUAUUUUGAGAAAAUCAAAAUAUCUUCUUUUGUGUUGAAUAGAAGAAAGAAACUCAUAGGUUUAACUCACGGAAAUAAACUCAAAGUUUAAAACCAAAUGAGAAGGAGUAAAUUAUUUUUUUCUUGAGUUAAUUAGCCCUUUAAUGAUAGAUAACCCAUAAAAUAAUAUUAACUAUCUGUAUUUGUAUCGUAUAAUUUUAUAAAUAAGAUAACUGUGACUUUUUAGUCUCACAAAAAUACCCCAGAUGAGAAAAAUUGAGUUUAUAGUUUGCAGUUAAAAUCCCAAAGCUUUGAUUGGCGAGAAAUAGUCACAUUUCUAAGAAAAAAACUCACAAUUUGAAAAAAAAUAUAUAUAUUAGGUAAAAGUAAAAAA